AUGGGGCAAUCCUCUUCCAGCGUGGCAGCAUCGGCUGCUCCCGAUUCCAGCGAAGCGAGAAAGAAGGAAGAGCCUUGGCUUCCUCCGGGCUCCUACGCCAUCGACCCUGCAAAGCCGCACAGAAAGCCGUCAAACUCUUGUACGCGAAUCCGCGAAGACAUGCUGCAGUGCUACGAAGGCACCCGAUGUUACAAAGAGGGUGCGCCUUUCGAGGAGUGCCUCAACUCCAACGAUCCUGAGUACGUUACACAGGAGUGCAUAUGGUUGCGAAAGGGCUAUGCGCAAUGCAGACGAGAUCUCAUGAAUCGGCAGCGCAUCUGGCAACGCGGCAACAGGUCUGCGAAUGCAGACCGGAGGAAGACGAACAUGGCUUCAGCUCCAGGCCUGCAUGUGUAUGAACAGCACGAGAGGCGAUUGCAGGCAGAUGCAGGCGAAAGGACACAACCGGGCCUACACUGA